GUGCAACUGACGCAAUUCAAACGCAGCUCUGGAAAUUUUUGCCUGACUAGGAAAAAAUGCCCUUUUAGCACGGAUGUGAGUGUGAUGUCGAAGUUUGGAAGAUUCGGACCACUGCUGGGCACCAUCUACGUGGGAAACACACUCAGCAAGUUCCUGAUUUACGCCUCCAGGAAUGCCGAGAUCCUCACGUGUCACGAAGUAUCUCUGAAGCAGCUGAGCCCGCGACCUGGAUGGGUGGAGUACGAUCCGGUGGAGGUGUGGAAGUCUGUGGUGGAGUGCAUCGAGGUGGCGAUUCGGAAUCUCGUGUUGCUGGACAUCAAUCCACAGGACAUCAUCGCCGUGGGCCUGACGAACCAGCGGGAGACGGUGGUGGUGUGGUCCGGGGACACGGGAGAGGUGCUCCACAAUGCCAUCGCGUGGUGUGACGUGCGCUGUGCGGAAACUGUGCAACAACUCCUGACCAAGGCGAAGAAUCGGCCGAACUACUUGAAGGAAGUAUGCGGGCUCGUUAUCAGCACCAAUUUCAGCGCCGUGAAGAUCAAGUGGAUCAUGGACAACGUGGCGGGUGUGCGGGAGGCCAUUGACGGCGCCAAGUGUCACGUGGGCACGCUGGAUUCCUGGAUUCUGUGGAAUCUCACGGGCGGCACGGAGUCUGGGGUGCACAUGACGGACGUGACGAACGCCUCGCGGACGAUGCUGAUGAAUCUGCAGACGCGCAAGUGGGACAAGUCGCUGUGUUCAUUCUUCCAAAUCAAUCCACACGUUCUGCCGCAGAUCCGCUCGUGCGCCGAGACGUACGGCUUCAUCCAUCGCGGGCCGCUGCAGGGAAUUCCCAUUGCCGGCUGCAUCGGGGACCAGCAAGCGGCCCUGCUAGGGCAGAUGUGCUUCCGUGCCGAGCAGGCGCAGUGCACGUACGAUGAGGGCUGUUUUCUGCUCGUGAACACCGGCCAGGAGAUCAUUGACUCGGACAGCGGCUUGCUGAGCACCGUGGCGUUCCAGCUGGGCCCCGCGGCGCUCCCCUUCUACGCCCUCGAGGGCGCCGUGGCCAAUUCCGGAUCUGCUGUGACGUGGCUGCGCGAGAAUCUGCUGCUGGAGACGGAGAUCAACCAGAACUGCCACACGCUGGUCAACAGCAUGAGCGAUUCCACAUUCUUCUCGCCCAUUCAGUCAUCGUCGCCAUUCGGCACGACCCCUCUAGUCACCGCCGCCACGUCUACGCCGCCAAACUCCCUGCUGCCGCUGGAGAACGUCAGCGCGGGCUCCGAUGUGAUCUUCAUCCCGGCCUUCAGUGGCAUCUACACGCCUCAUUGGCAGCACAAGGCGCGCGGGAUGCUGGCGGGCCUCACCAGCCACACCACCGCCCGCCAAGUCGUGCAGGCGGCCUACGAGGCCACCUGCUUCCAGACGCGCCAGAUCCUGGAGGCACUGCGCUCGGAUUGCCACACCUGGCGACCGCUGGCGCGGCUGAUAGUCGGCGGGGAGCUGAUGGAGACACCUUUCCUGCCGCAAAUGCUGGCGGACUUGUGCAAUGUGGACGUGGAGCGUCCGCAGAUCUCCUCGCCAGCCACGCUGGGCGCCAUGCUAGCCACGGGACUGGCCAUGAACGUGCUGUCACUGGAGAAUACUCAGGCUCUGCUGGCGCCGCCGGCGGACGUGCACCAUCCCACCAUGUGCCAGCUGGCCAGCGAUGGGAAGUACAAGCGCUGGCAGAAGGCCGUGCGGAUGUGCAUUCGCAGCACAGACGAGGAGAGCGACGAGGAGAAGGAGUUGGAUCCUCAUCGCGGUGUGACAAACAGCAUUCCUGGCUCUCUCUUCAUCGUCUCAUCGUUCGCGCUGGUGAUCGUGGCGGAAAUCCUCAGGAUACUCUGAGCGCGUGAGUCACAAUCAUGAUUUCUAGUCAAUCUCUCUCGCCUGAGGUUUCCACAAAUCAUUUUUUCCUAUAAUAGGCGCAUUUGACGUAGCUUUAACUGGUUAGAAUAGAUGGGUUCAUUGAGCUAAGCAAUAAUCUGUGGACUUUCUGAUGUAUUCCAAGUAUUUAUUUUACAUGUUUCAUUAGAAAAAAAAGGAAUAAUUAAAA